AUGGUUAACUUCUACAAGGCUGUAGGGGUCAUCCAGAACAAAUCAGGACCUCGCAGAAAGGCCCUAAAGCCUCUGCUGUUUUAUCUCUGGGAUGCUUAUUCCAAGCCUGCUCCCUCUGGCAGAGAAACCCUCGCUCUGCUGUCAAUCUGCUUCACCUUCGCCGUCAUCACAGGUGGACUGCUGCACCGCUGGCUGUCGCAGACUCUAAAAUACGAGCAGGUGGCGUCGGUUCAGAUCGCCUGCUUCUACAGCGUGACCACGGUCCUGGUGUCCUUCCUGUGCCACCCCCUGCGCUGCGUAUUCACCAUGAUCCUGCCCACCGUGUGCACCAAACAGGGACGCAAACUCCUCACCGCGGCCGCCGUCAUGAUUCUGGUGUUGAAUGUCAUCCCGAACAUCACGGUGAACGUAGGGGCCGUAGCGCGGAUCCUGAAGUGCACCGCCGAGGGUUUUACGAGGACUCUGCUGAACUCGUCCGAACCGUUCAACAGGGCCAAGCGAGACCUUGUCGAGGAGGCCAUCAGAGCGCGAAGGGAGGACUUGAGCAUCGUCACCAAUCUGAGGACUCUGGACCAUUUCACGCACGUCAAUGUGUCAGAAGUGAAAAGCACGUUUGCUAAAGUUAUUGGUCAGAUAGAGGUCAACUUCUCACACGCAAGGAACCGGCUGAGAGAAUACAAGCUGCUGUUCAACCGGAUCCUCGCAGCCCUUUUUGUCGCACUGCUGAUCGUUGAAUCUGCACGAUAUCUAAAAUCCUAUCUGACAUCUCUUCGGUUUGAUAACGGCUUCGCCCUCCAGCAAAGACCGUCUCCUAAAGGUCAUAAACAGCGGACUAAAGAUAAAAUCAGCGUCCCAGUCUGCAAAAUAACAAGCCAGGAAUGUACCUCUUCUUUCAUAUCUCUGGUCAUUGUGACGUUAUACUUUGCUGCAAUAACUCUAAUAGUAGUUUUAGAUCACGUUGUGUAUCAUAUAGUUCAGAUGAUUGUGCCGUGGGUGCUGGAUUUUCCACAGACAACCGCAGCUAUAACCGUCAGUUAUAAGGUUAACUGGUUCCCUCCUGCUUUCUGUAUUAUUCCUCGGUCUUGUGUCACACGGGAGCUGAUAAACUUCCACAAGGACUACAAGUGGACCUUCAACCCUGAACCGUCACUCUGCGACGUGACAACUUCAGCUCCGAAGCUGGGCGUCAGCGUCCUGCUGGGAUGUCUAUGGCUGAUGAGCUACUUUCUGGUGUUCCUAGAAGUUUACGCCAGGCGGCUGCGCCGGAAGAUCUGUGCGUCGUUUUUCAGAGAACAGGAAGAAAGAAGAAGGGCCUAUUUGACAAAGAAAUUACUUGGAAAACAGAAGAGAAGGAAGGAAACGAUUGCUACUGAUAUUAUUAGUAGGUUUAAAUGAAAUGUGACAACUAUGAUAGCUUUUUGUUCAAGACAAAACAUAAAAACAUGUUUUUUGAUUGUUUACCUUGUAUUGUUGAACCGAAAACUAUUUAACCCCAAAUGCAAUUUAAUGUAGACAAAUUAAAUGCAUAAGUACUGUCCAUGUUAGAUGUUUCUAU